GGCCCUUUGCGUGGACUGCGGUGCACAGCACUCGGACUCCUGCCGGUUGUGUAGAGGAGGUCCUCAAAUAUUUACCCCUCGGCCUUGAGGUGGUGUCUCUGCGACCCGGGUACCUCCACGGAGUCGCCGGGGAAGCCGGAAAGCAGCGGGCCUAAGGCAACACUCCCGCGCGGGGGGGCGGCGAGAUGCCAAACCCCGCCCCCUCAGCCCUGCCUGGCCCGGCCCACGGUGGUCUUCGGUGCGCGCCGCUGCGGAGACUGACGUGAAUCCGCGCGCUUUCUUAUGAGCGUGCGCGCGCCCGAGAGUGUGCGACAACUGCGUCUGCUCUCGCGGGCUAGGAGGUGGGCGACCGACUCUGCGGAACGGGAACCACGGGCAGAAAGAAAAGAAGCGAACAGAGGUCAACAGUGUGGGGAUUCCAAGCAACAGGCUGGAUGUGAUCUUCAAGACAGAAUGGUGCUGGAUUCGGGGGCUCAGGUGUAUGAGCGGGUACCUCCCAGCCCUCCUUCUACCAGUCCCCUGUCCCUGCACCGUAGGCUGAAGCCCUCAGACCGAGAUGGGACACGGCUGUACCCCUGGCCUCAGUCCCUGGCUGCGCCUUUGGCUCUGGCAGUUCCCUCUGUGCUGCAGCUCCAGCCUGAACAGCAGCCUUUCUCAAAGCAGCCCUUGGGCCACCGUGGCCACAUGCGUCGUAGUGAGAGCACCUAUUCUGUAAAUAGUACUGGUCAUCGGGGACGCAGCAGCCAGGGUCGUGCCCCACGUGGACGGGAGCCAGGUGGUGGUACCUUGCGAUCUGCAGCCUCCCUGCCUCACAUUGCUAAGACUCGAAGGAAUGUAGGCAAUGGAAUUGGCAAGAGUCCCUGUAUGUUAGUGGCCCUGAGACCAACCAACAUGGACCACGAACGGGAAAAAUUUUUCCAGUCCCAUUAUACCUACAAUCCACAGUUUGAGUACCAGGAGCCCAUGCCUACGACUGUGCUGGAGAAGUACUGUGAGGCCUCUGGACAGUUCAUUCAUCAGGCAAUUGGCAUCAUUGAGGCUGUUCUGGAGAAGUUUGGUACCUAUGAACACUUUGAGGCUGCCACUGGGGGCCAGCUGCUGACCAAGUGCCAGAUUUGGUCUACUGUGCGCAAAUACAUGCAGAAGGAGGGCUGCGUUGGGGAGAUUGUGGUGCAGCUGAGUGAGGACCUGCUGUCCCAGGCAGUGAUGAUGGUGGAAAACAGCCGACCCACACUGGCCAUCAACCUGACGGGAGCCCGCCAGUACUGGCUGGAGGGCAUGCUGCGGCAUGAGAUAGGCACUCACUACCUUCGAGGCGUGAAUAACGCGCAACAGCCUUGGCACAGCGCUGAGGGCCGGGUGCAGUAUGGGCUACGGCCAGCCAACCCCACUGAGGAGGGCCUAGCCAGCCUGCACAGCGUGCUGUUCCGCAAGCAGCCUUUCCUGUGGCGUGCAGCUCUGCUCUACUACACCAUCCACCGUGCUGCACACAUGUCCUUCCACCAGCUCUUCCAAGACCUGGAGCGCUAUGUGCAAGAUGCUAACGUGCGCUGGGAGUACUGUGUGCGUGCCAAGCGUGGCCAGACAGACACCUCCAAGCCAGGCUGUUUCAGCAAGGACCAGGUGUACCUGGAUGGCAUCCUGCGCAUUCUGCGGCACCGCCAAACCAUCAACUUCCCACUGCUGACCUCUCUGGGCAAGGUCUCCUACGAGGAUGUGGACCAUUUGCGGCCAUAUGGGGUACUGGAUAACACCAGAGUACCCCACUUCAUGCAGGACUUGGAACGCUACCAGCAGCAGCUGGACCACAUCAUGGCUACCAACCGUCUUGAUGAGGCAGAGCUGGGUCGUCUCCUGCCUGACUGAUGUUGGUUAACAGCUACAGGCAAAAGCUCUGGACAGAAACCUCUAGAUCCGCCCCCAGAACAUGAAGCUGUCUGCUCUUUGCUGCCACAGCCUAGAUGUUUCUUGGGGGCAUGGGAGGCCAGGAGCAUCGUGGGAGAAGAGGCAGCAAUAUCAGAAGGUUUUGUCCCUUGCUGGUGUUCCUGAGGCCUGUGGACCAGCAGCAGCAUGUCAGGCAAACUGUUGAAGAAGGGAGACCUGAGAACAAGAUGGACAAGCAUUGAUGGGGAUUUGGGGGGUGGUUUAGGAGUAGAAACUUGCUCUUGCAUGAGAUGGCUUUGGGUAUUGAGUACUCUAGUCUCUCCCUUCUCCACCUGGCCCGUGGUGCUCUUUCAGCAUUCGUGCUGUCUACCUCUCACUGGGUUCUGAUGGCAGUUGGGAUAUCUUCUUCUGGGGUGAUUGCUUGGGCCUGGGGUCCUAGCUUUCAUACAGACUCAGAGGGCCAGGGAUCCGUGGAGUAGAGACCCAGCUGGGCUGGGGUUUGCUUUCCAGUAUUUUGCCUCUCUUACUGGUCAUUUAUUUAUUCAUAUUUAUGUGUUCUACUUCAUGGGGCUGAGAGGAAGUGGUGCAUGAGGGUUAAGCAGAGGGACAGGACACUCCUAAAAGGUACCAGUUGUUCCUAGCCUCACUCAUUACAGACACUCGUAUGCGUGCGCAUCUUCAAGCCUUGUGUGUCCAGCCCAAGAGCUUACCUGUGGUCCUGCCCUCACUUUUCCACUGGCCUCUACUGCUCAUAUCUUUGCUCAGACCCUCAACUGCUCUGUGGGGUAAGUUGGCGUAGCCUGGCAGUACUCCUGAUCAAGCCUAAAGGGCAGGCCCUAGGGCUUGUUGUCCCAACUCUGAGACCCUCCUGGACUGGGAGAGGUAUUGAGCUGACUGUUGUUUCUAGUUUUAUUUCAGAGUCGGCUUUGUGAGGUUGACUCAGUCCUGUUCCCUCCCUGGGCCUUAAUUUUCUCAUUGGUAAGACUCAGAAAAGUAGCAGGAAAGUUCUUACUUGUUUAGUCUAUGUAUGUGUAUAGAGCGCCUUGUGUGUACCAGUUUCUGGUUAGAGCCCUUACUGAGCUUCCAGUUCAGAGGGAAGCCAGGCAAUUAAAAGAGCAGUCACAACAA